UCCGCCAGCUAGUGAGCGCUGCUACUGGAGCUGCUGUACCCUGCAGAAAGCUUUGUGUGUGUGUGUGUGUGUGUGUGGUUGUGUGUGUUUGUGUGAGAGAGUGUGUAUGAGUGCACGCAGAUGGGAAAGCAACUGAGUCAGGGAGGGCUGCCUCUCAUCUCCUCGCUGUUAUCACCUUCCAUCACUCUCCCUCCUCUCCUCCUCUGCUACCAUGGAGCUCCAGCAGGCUGAAUCACAGCAGCGUCUGCAGAAAGGGCUGAGCAGGUAGAUGUGUGUGCGUGCGUUGCGCUCUGCUGGGCCGGUAUGGAGCGCGUGUGUCUGAGAAGAUGGGCGUCGGGCUCUGCCGUCGUGUUCCUUCACACGCUGGCCUUGUCCUGGACAGGUGCGAUUGAGCCCGCCCCCAAAAUCGACGGACGGCACCGCGCGGCUCUGACGCUGCAGGAGAACAUGACGCACCGGUUCAACUGCCAAUCGGACGGCUGGGAUCCCCGAGCCCCUCCCUUGCUGACCUGGUACCUGAACGGUGAGCAGCAGAGAGCGCCGUCGCCCAACCGUGGGCGCCUGGUGAUGACGUCGCAGAAGGACUCUGAGCUCGUGAGACCGGGGGCGGGUCACAAUAGCACUUUCGCUCUGCGGGCCAGGAAGUGGGACAGGGAGCUGGUGUGUGUCGCAUCAAACCCCAGAACAGGAGAGAGCUACAACGCCACGAUCACGCUCAACGUCCAGUUUCAGCCAGAGAUCCUCAGGGUUAACGCCCACUAUAGUGAAACCUCAGACCCUGGCCUCUCCCUGGUCCUCUUCGCCUUGGUGCGGUCCAAUCCGCCUGCCACCAUCACCUUCGUGGACCAGUCUGGCCAGCCGGUGGCCAACACCUCCGACUUCCUCAUCCUGGACUCGCGAAGCUACCCCUGGUUGACCAAUCACUCGCUGAGGGUCGCGCUCAGUAGCCUGUCAGGGAAUGUCUCGCUGAACGCCAGCAACAGUUUGGGAACAGCACAGAGCAACCUCACACUGACGGAGUUCCUGCAGUCUCGCGUGGAGGUGCCCAUGCUGGGGAUAGUGACCGGAGGAGCCAUGGCCUUCAUGGCCCUCCUCAUCCUCAGUCUGAUAGUCCUCUGCCUCAUGCAAAAAAACAAGAGCAAGUCCUUUGAUGAGCCGGUGGAGAUUCUGAUGACCAAGAAAAGUGACUCCGCCAAUCUGAAGGCAGACAAAGUUGAGAAGGCCCAGAUCCCCCGAGAGAACAUGUCUCUGCCGUCCAACAUGCAGCUCAACGACCUCAGCACUUUGAGAAAAGCCCGGGAGGCCGCCCAGCAGAACAGCGUGGGAGAGAGGAAGAAAGAGGAAGAGGAGGAGGAAGAUCUGUCUUUAGCCUACGCCGCCAGAGGUUUCGCCAGGUAUCCGAUGGUGGGCUACAUCUACAAGGUGAACAGCACAAGCAGCGAGGAGAUCUGGCUCUGACUGACCUCCAAGUCACACACCGACGGGCUGUGUGCAUGCAUGCAAAACAACUUCCAACGGUGCAGCUCUCCAAGGGAAAAACCCCCAAAACAACUGCCAUUCAACCGAGCAUCCGGCGCCUCCAGGCUGGAUCCAGGGCGGUCCUGGAUCUCGCCGGAUUUCUCGGGCGGGGAGGCCCCCGUGCUGUCUCGGCUCCCUCCGUGGCUCGCCCGUGAACUUGGCUUUCUCGCUCUCGUCCUCCUGAAUCGAGUGCUCCGGGCCAUACGCAGCUGCUGUGUUGUCCCAACAAUGCGACGUACGAACUCGACGUAAAAAUACUCAUAUUCUGUAUGUUUCGACUUGAUUUCCACAUAACCACCCGCUCAUGAUGUCCAGCCCUCCCUGCCGCGUUACUGGAAUGCAUUAAUCGUCCUACGCUAACACCGGAAUGUCCAAGAUAGUGUCCCGUGCGUGAGAUUUUACGUUUUGAACGAUAAUAACCCAAACGAAACGGCAAAUAAUUAUAGAGUAUGUAUUUGUAUAAGGACAUGUAACAGGUCAUGUACUGUAUAUUUGUAUGCAUAUGUAUAUGUGUAUAAAAGAGGGCGUCUAAUAAAGGUAAUAUUGGAAUUA